UAUCAGUAGUAGAAUCAGAAGUGUUGGAGGAGAUUUCAGUCUUAACAAGAAUGUAGUGAAGCUGGUGUGUUCAACAUUGCCUGGCCGUUCUCUGCUGCAGAAUACUUGCUUACUUUCUGUGUUCUUGGUUGGGAACUCUGCCAAAAGGAAAUGUGAGGAGUCUGUCCAGCAACUUGUCUCUUUCAGAAUCCACAUCCCAUUUUGCAAUUUGUUUGGUUUUUUUUUCUGUAAUGCCUAUUAGGACUCUUACAAUAGUAAUGCAUCAGGGGAGAAAUCCAUUCCUCAAUCUGUUGCAAAAGAAUCAGGAGGCUGCUGUAGAUAUAGGAACUCUGAAGAGCUUGAGCAGAGGGAUCCCACUCUGGGUGUAAUUUACUUUCCAUAGGUGUGAGUGGAGGACUUAGCACUACAGACCAAUUGUAAUUGUGGCAAGGCUUUUCUUGCCAGUACUGUACAAACUGGUUAUUCUAUUUAAAAAAAAAUCCAUAUAGUUUACAAGUGCCUCAGUUUACAGAUUAAUCAAAUUCUGUAUUAAUCAGUUUUGAUAAUGCAGAUUAUAAGCACAUGUAGGAGCAUCUGCUUCUAUUUUGUUUAGUUGGAGAUUAUCCCUUAAUCAUGCAAGGUCCAGGUGUGCAUUUUCAGAUUUGUUGACUCAGGAAAGGUGGAGAUAGUAUUAAAGGCCAAUCACAUUAUGCUGUAGUUACAUUUAUGUUGUUGCUCCUCUGAAGAAUUGAACUACUCAGUGAAGAGAAUGGCAAGAAGAAAUGUCCUCAUUACAGGUUGCUCCUCAGGAAUUGGACUGGCAUUAGCUGUAAAAAUGGCAAAAGAUGAACAGAAAAGAUUUAAAGUGUAUGCCACAAUGAGAAACCUGGCCAAGAAAGAGCCACUGGAGGAAGCUGCAGGUCACAGGCUGGGCAAAACCCUGGAGAUCAAACAACUGGAUGUCUGUGAUGAACAGUCCAUUAAAACUUGUGUGAAUAGUAUCCCUGACAGAAGGAUUGAUGUCCUAGUGAGCAAUGCUGGAAUGGGGCUUAUUGGACCUAUUGAAUGUCAGACCAUCGAGGAAAUGAAAACUGUGAUGGACACCAACUUCUUUGGCCUGGUUCGACUCCUGAAGGAGAUCUUGCCUGAUAUGAAGAGGAGAAAGAGUGGGCAUAUAGUUAUAAUAAGCAGUGUUAUGGGAAUACAAGGCAUCUUAUUUAAUGAUGUUUAUGCUGCAUCUAAGUUUGCUGUGGAAGGAUUCUGCGAAAGUUUAGCUAUACAAGCACUCAAGUUCAAACUGCAGUUAAGUUUGAUUGAACCAGGCCCAGUGGUUACAGAGUUUGAGAGAAAAGUGUUUGAAGAUGGAAUGAAAAUGGAUCUUUCAGCUGCAGAUGAAGAAACAGCUGAGAUGUUUACUAAUAUUUACCUUAAAAAUUAUAAACAAAUUUUCCAGAGCCUGGGACAAAGUGCUGAAGAUGUUGCAGAGCAUACAGUAAAGAUAAUUCUUGCAGAAAAUCCACCUUUUCGCCAUCAGACCAACACCUUGUAUACUCCAAUGACAACUCUGAAGUAUGCAGAUCCAAAUGGAGAUCUACCCAUUGAUAUAUUCUACAAAAUGGUUUUUCAGCAUGACAAAAUCUUCAGUGCAAGUCUCAACUUCAUCAAAUUGCUACGGUGGAGAAGCAGAAAGAGCUUUGACCUGGGAAAACCCUCACAAUAAGUAUAAGAUUAUAUAAUGCAAAUUGGAAUUACUUCUUGUAGCUACUAUGACACAGUGUGUUGUUACUCAAAUGCCUUUGCUCUGUAAUUAUGAAAAGGCAUGCAAGAUGUUUGUUUGAGCUUAGCUAAGAUAUUAAUUUCAAUGUGUAUCUCUUGAAUGUUACAAUUUGCAGAACCUUGCAAUUAAAAUCCUGUAAC